UCGUAGGCGUGGGGCCUUAUCCUGAAAUGCCAGAGGCAAGGUUUUAAUUGCACCCCAUUGUGGCUGGUGGGAAGAAACAUUCUUCCAGGUGGUAUAUAAGUUGGGGUUUCCUUGUCCCUCUGCACUACACAGGCUCCUGAGAUCCUCCAGAGAGAGAGUGUUCUUCGGUCCUUGGAGGUUCUGAGAAAAUGAAUACAUCAGUUCGAUCCACACGCCUGACCAGGAGUUCCAUUCCGGGGUCACUCGGCACCAUCAGCAUGCAUGGCGGCGCCGGAGGUGAAGGGACACGCAUCAGUUCGAGCUCGAGCAGCAGACUGAGGUCCAUGGUCGGGGGCGGUGGGCAGAGCACGAUGUUCCUUGUUGGCGACUUCAGUGCCGGCGGAGGAGAUAGAGGUGUUUUCGAGAUGGGAUCCAAUGACAAGCAGACCAUGCAGAACCUGAACGAUCGCCUGGCAUCCUACUUGGCGAAGGUUCGGGCCCUGGAGAUAGCAAAUGCGGACCUUGAGAAAAAGAUCCGCGAAUUCCUUUCCACAAAGACAGGAGGUGAGGCUCGAGAUUACAGCCACUACUGGAAGAUCAUCUGGGACCUUCAGCAACAGAUUACUGCUGGGAGAGCAAGGAACGCCACGAUUCUUCUGCAGAUCGACAAUGCCAAGCUUGCAGCUGAUGAUUUCAGAAACAAGUACGAGAACGAGCUGGUUUUGCGGCAGUCUGUGGAGGCAGACAUCGCUGGGCUGAGAAAGGUGUUGGAUGACCUGACCAUUGCCAGGACAGAUCUGGAGCUCCAGAUUGAAGGUCUGAAGGAGGAGAUAGCCUUCUUGAAGAAGAACCAUGAGGAAGAGAUGGCCCUCUUGCGUCGGAACAUGGCCACGAGCUCGGUCAAUGUGGAGCUGGACGCAGCACCUCAGCAAGACCUGACCCAGACCUUAGAGGAAAUCCGGGCCCAGUACGAGGGCAUCGUCAACAAGAACCGCAGAGAUAUGGAGGCCUGGUACAAAGAAAAGUUUGACUCACUGAAUCAGCAGGUAGCGAGCAGCACGGCAGAGAUCCAGACCAGCAGGAGUGAGAUCAAUGAGCUGAAGAGGACCCUCCAAGGGCUGGAGAUCGAGCUGCAGUCACAGAUCAGCAUGAAACAAUCCCUGGAGCACACCUUGGCAGACACCGAGGAGAACUACGCCUCCCAGCUGAUGAAGCUGCAGGCUCAGGCCUCGAUGGUGGAACAGGAACUCAUGCAACUGCGGUCGGAGAUCGAGAGACAGGGUCAAGAGUACAGGAUGCUGCUCGAUGUCAAGACACGCCUGGAGAUGGAGAUCAGCGAGUACAGGAGGCUGCUGGAUGGACUGGGCAUUGGAACCAAAGAAGUGGUUAAGGUGAAUGUUGUCCCCAGGCCACCACCGCCCAAGUCCCCUGAGCCGACCCCAGAGCCUCAGCGCUCUCGCAUUGUGAAGACCAUAGUGCAGGAGAUAGUGGAUGGAAAGGUGGUCUCGUCAGAGGUGCAGCAUGUCCAGGAGAAAAUCUGAGCGCCCGUCUGUGGCCAGUCUCCCGCCACCCCGAGAGCCUACGACUUUGUCAACUGCGCAACACUUUCAGUGCCCUUGUACAGAAGCACUGUGAGAAAUGUCACUGUAAUUAAAUUGGAGUCCUGGGGUGAGAUGUCAGAAAAUGCAUUAAAAAUAAAGUGCUGAAAA